AUGGAGAAUGAGAACUGUUCUGAGCCCUGUAUGAACUUGAAUUUUACCACUUACUCCUUUCUGGUGGUUCUUCCCCACCUUUGGGUAGUCUUCUCAAAUGUAUACACUGUUCAGCUGAAGCCUCAGGGGAUCUCUGCAGAACUCUCCCUUUGUGGCCCCCUCCUCUCUCCGGUGCUCUGCGUAUGUAUGUAUGAGGCGCUCAGUCGUGUCCGACUCUGGGACCCAUGGACUGGGGCCUGCCGGGCUUCUCUGUCCAUGGGAGUUCCCAGGCAAGAAUCUGGAGUGGGUUGCCGUUUCCAGUACUCUGCCCUACAGAUUUUACCUUGGUGUCCCAAAUGCUCCGGUAGGGGGACGCCCGGGCUCUCCCUGCAGCUAGUCCGGGCAAUGGUAGGACUUUCCUGUUUGUUCUCUCAAGAGUCACUGCCCUGCACAGUUGUCCAGUGUCUGAAAAAGCCUGUUGUAUAUGUUUUGUACAGGUGUUGCAUUGGUUAA